AGGACAUUCAUGUGUUUUCUUUCAGUCAAUUAAAAAAGUCUUGAAUGAAAUUUUCAUGCGGCACUUUUCUUAUUGUCGUAAAUUUAGUCCCACAAAACGGCCUUUUCCGUCGUGCAGGCAAAAUGUCUCACAGAAAAUUUUCCGCUCCUCGACAUGGCUCCAAAGGAUUUCUACCCAAGAAAAGGUCGAGGAGGCAACGUGGUAAAUGCAAGGCCUUCCCUAAAGACAACAAAGCUAACCCAGUCCAUCUAACAGCCUUUAUCGGGUACAAGGCUGGAAUGACGCAUAUUCUGAGAGAAGUUGACCGACCUGGAUCCAAGUCCAACAAGAAGGAAGUUGUCGAAGCAGUGACCAUUGUUGAAGCACCACCUAUGAUGGUAGUUGGAUGUACUGGUUACAUUGAGACUCCAAGUGGACUGCGAUCCUUCAAAACCAUCUGGGCAGAACAUCUCAGUGAAGAAUGUAGAAGAAGAUUCUACAAAAAUUGGUACCGUUCCAAGAAAAAGGCAUUUUCAAAGGCUUCCCAGAAGUGGAAUGAUGAUGCUGGUAAAAAGGAAAUAGAGAGGGAUUUCAACAAGAUGAAGAAGUACUGUAGCACGAUCAGGGCUAUCUGUCACACACAGACCAAGUUGUUGAAGAAACGCCAGAAGAAGGCCCACAUUAUGGAGGUCCAAGUGAAUGGUGGAACCGUCUCUGAGAAGGUUGACUGGGUACGAGAGCACAUGGAGAAGAGUGUUCCAGUCAAGAGUGUGUUCUCCCAGGAUGAGAACAUUGAUAUCAUUGGCGUCACCAAGGGAAAGGGAGUGAAAGGUGUGACUUCAAGAUGGCACUGUAAGAAGCUACCAAGGAAGACGCACAAGGGUCUGAGAAAGGUUGCCUGUAUUGGUGCAUGGCAUCCUAGCCGUGUGCAGUUUACUGUUGCCCGUGCUGGUCAGAAGGGUUACCAUCAUCGUACUGAGAUCAACAAGAAGAUUUACCGUAUUGGUGAUGGAAUCCACACCAAGGAUGGCAAGGUUGUCAAAAACAAUGCUGCUACAGAAUAUGAUCCAACUGAUAAGACAAUAACACCACUUGGAGGUUUCCCUCAUUAUGGCGAGGUCAACAAUGACUUCCUCAUGAUCAAGGGAUGCUGUGUUGGUCCAAAAAAGAGAGUUCUCACUCUCAGAAAGUCGCUGCUGAAGUCACACAGGAGGAGACAGAUGGAGAAGAUCAACCUGAAGUUCAUCGAUACUUCCAGCAAGUUUGGUCAUGGACGCUUCCAGACCAUUGAGGAGAAGAAAACUUUCAUGGGCCCGCUGAAGAAGGAUGCCCCGAAGAUUGAGGGAGCUGCCUAGACAGACAGGCCAUGUAGUUGUACACAACAGCCUCAACAUGCAUGUGCUUGGACUGUAAAUGAACUCGUUGAAAUAAAUGAAGAGAAAAAUGAA